CGUCUAGUCUAAAAAAAAACAAAAACCCUAACCUAAACACAGUUACAACAGUUGAUUGGAUUUUAAUAAUUGAUUUGCCUACAAUUCGGACUUAAUUACACGUUACUCACCAACGUGCAUACUUAUAAGUUAAUUCCUUAUGAUUUUAGAUUAGUCUCUGACUGCCAGUUUAUUUCCAAAGGAAAGAAAAGGAUCCAACAUUAGUUUGAUAAUGGAUAAUAGUGAGAGUGGGGAUGAGCUAGGGGGCACAUUCCUCACCACUGAAGGUAGCUACAUGGUACAAACAGAUGAAAUGGAUGAUGAAGCGGUUUUGACAGCUGAGAACACAGAUGAUUCAAAUCAUGAUGGGGAACAUAAAAUUGGAAACCCUUUACGUGAACAAGAUAGGUUUUUGCCAAUCGCUAAUGUAGCCAAAAUAAUGAAGAAAGCCAUUCCAGAUAACGGAAAAAUAGCCAAAGAUGCUCGUGAAUGUGUCCAAGAAUGUGUUUCUGAAUUUAUCAGUUUCAUAACCAGUGAGGCCAGUGAUCGGUGUCACCAAGAAAAGAGAAAGACCAUCAAUGGAGAAGAUAUUUUAUAUGCCAUGACUACCCUUGGAUUUGAUAACUAUGUUGAGCCUCUCAAAAUGUACCUACAAAAAUAUAGAGAGGCUACCAAAGGUGAAAAAUCUCUUCACCAAGGAGAUAUGUAUGAUGAAAUCAGUCCAGAUGAAAUGUUUAGUGGACAAACAAUCACUGGAAAUUUGCUCACCGAGCAGAAUGGCCAAACAGAAACGGUUAUUUACACUACGUUUCCUGCAAGUGAUCAUCAAAUUCAGCAAUUUCACAUGGUCUAAAUAUUUGUAUGUUGUUUGUGUGUUGUUUCAUUUUAUUUAUAGAUAUAUAUUUUUUUUAAUUGUAAAAAGAGUAUUUUUCCUAUUACUCUCAAACAUUUUUUUCCACAUUGUACCCUAAAUGUAAAAUAAACUUUGACCAAUUCAUACC